AUUAUUAUUUGCACUGAUCGCGGGUGAAAACAAAAUCGUCGUAUACGCAACAGCUUUCAGUGUUCACUCAACUGUUCAACAGUUGUCAAAUCAAACUCCGUUGGCGGGACAAGGCCGCGGUUUAGACAAAAAUUAUUGCAGGGACGUUUACAUGUUGGAGUGCCUGCUGGCGUACGCCGAAUCCGGCGUGCCGGACGAUCUGCACGCCGAUGGCUGGCCGAGAUCGCCACUCGCGGUGGCCGCCUCGUUAGGCCACCGGCCGAUGAUGGAUUUGAAUUGGACGGUAAUCCAUUCGGCCUGUGAAUCUGGGAACGUUUACAUGUUGGAGCGCCUGCUGGCGUACGCCGAGCCCGGCGUGCUGGACGCGUUGCACGCCGGCGGCCGGCCGAGACCGCCGCUCGUGGUGGCCGCCUCGUUGGGCCGCCUGCCGGUGGUGGACGCGCUGCUGGCGCGCGGCGUGGACGUGAACACGCGCCGCGACGACGGCGAGACGGCUCUGCACGCGGCCGCCCGGGGCAACUGGCCGGCGCUGGUGGACCGGCUGUUGGACGCGGGCGCGUGCAUGGACGCCCGGGACGCGGUGACCGGCCGCCGUCCGCUGGACGUGGCCGUGCACACGUGGGGCCGGGACGUGUCGGUCACCGCUCAUCUGGUGCACGCCGACCGGUUGGCCAAGGCGGUGGUGCGGCACGACGUGGACACCGUCGCGUUCCUGUUGGCGUGCGGCGUGUCGCCGAACAUGACCACCGAGGCGUACGGGUCGCCGCUUCACGUGGCCGUCCGGCACCGCCGGUACCGCAUGAUGGCCACCAUACUGUCGUCGGACCGGUGUCGCACCACCGUCCGGCACCACGGCGCCACGCCGCUCGAUUACGCCGUGGCCGCGGGCGACGCGCGCGCCGUCAAGAUGAUCACGUGGUGCGAGGACCAGCGACGCCGGAAGUCCAGACACGCGUCGCUGACGGCCGUUCCGGCGAAACGCAAGUCGCAACAGAAAAACGCGUCGCGGCGCAGACGGACGUCCGUCUGAUAAUUAUUAACGAGACCCGUCGUCGCGCGCCAAACGACCACGAGACAUAAUACGAGACCUGCAGCACCGCGUUUGUGUUGUCGUUAUUAGUACUAUUAUUAUUAUAUUGACGUCGACGAUAUCGACGACACGUUGACGUUCUGUUUAUUGUUUUUAUUUUUUGUACUCGUUUUUCUCGCCUACCUGCUCGCUUUAUAUUCAUUGUUUUUAUAUGUUUUUCACUAUCUUAAUAUCCAUAAGAUAAACCAAUGUUUUUCCGGUUUUUUCGACCGGUUUUUUUUUUUGUAUUUGUUAUAAUUAUUUUACCCACCCACUAGGUACCCUCAAAAAAAAUCAAACCGAGACGACUUUAUGAUGAUGUAUUGUAUUUUUUUUCUAAACGUACCUCUCAUAUUAUACGAUACGUGUGCAUCUAUACCACCUGUUAAUGUAUAAUGCAACGCCUGUAAUAAUAUUAUUAUAAUUUUUAAACUCGACCAACUCAAUUUCUUUUAUAAUAAUUGUUAAUAAAUAACUAAGAUUAUAUAUCGUAUACAUUACA